AGCGGGAGCGAGGUCCCCCUUCAGCCGACUCGGAGAGGCCGCUGCCGGGGCGGUGAAGAGCUGAACACCGGCAGGAUGCGGUGCCACAAGUUUUGGGAAACAUGUUCGGUUGGAUUUUAUAUUUGGACCGCCGUUCUCUUCAAAGGGUCUCAGCAGGGAGAACACCAGAGGAGACUCUACAAGGAGCUGCUGGCUAACUACAACCGCCUGGAGAGACCAGUGGUCAACGACUCUGCAGCCAUACUGGUGGAGCUGGGCUUCACUCUGCUGCAGAUCAUAGACGUGGAUGAGAAGAAUCAAGUUCUGAUGACCAACGCUUGGCUGCAGCUGUACUGGACUGACAUCUACUUGACAUGGAAUCCUGAGAACUACCCGGGCGUCCAGAAUCUCCGAUUCCCCUCGGACCAGAUUUGGACUCCAGACAUUCUCCUUUAUAACAGUGCUGACGAGCGUUUCGAUGCCACGUUCCACACCAAUGUGCUGGUCAACGCGUCCGGCCACUGUCAGUACAUCCCUCCUGGCAUCUUGAAAAGCACGUGCUACAUCGACGUGCGCUGGUUUCCCUUCGACAUGCAGAAGUGUGACUUGAAAUUUGGCUCUUGGACUCACAACGGUUGGCUGCUGGACCUGCAGAUGCUGGAUGUGGACACGUCCACCUACAUUCCCAACGGGGAGUGGGACCUCGUGGGUGUCCCAUCCAAGCGCAAUGAGCUGUACUACGACUGCUGUAAGGAGCCGUACCCUGAUGUGACGUUCACUGUCACCAUGCGAAGAAGGACUUUGUAUUAUGGCCUGAACCUGCUCAUCCCUUGUGUGCUGAUCUCUGGCUUGGCUCUGCUGGUGUUCCUGCUGCCGGCCGACUCUGGGGAGAAGAUCUCACUGGGCAUCACCGUGCUGCUCUCACUGACUGUCUUCAUGCUCCUGGUUGCAGAAAUCAUGCCGGCCACGUCCGACUCGGUUCCCCUCAUAGCUCAGUACUUCGCCAGCACCAUGAUGAUUGUGGGAAUGUCUGUGGUGGUCACAGUCAUCGUCCUGCAGUUUCACCACCAUGACCCUCACGGAGGGAAGAUGCCCAAGUGGGUGCGAGUGGUUCUUCUGAACUGGUGCGCUUGGUUUCUGCGUAUGAAAAAACCCGGGGAGGAUCGGAAGCGUCCUGCCUACAAAUACCGCCACACCUCCCGCCACCCGUCCAGCACCAGCUCCAUUGAGAUGGGCUCCGUCCCGGGCCUCACCGUGCCUCUAUCGCAGCCCCCCUGCCCCACAGGCUCCUCCAACGGCUCCAUGAACCUCUACUUUGGAAGCUAUCAAACCGUGGAGAGCCCUCACUGCCCGACUUCCAGCGACUCCGGCGUGGCCCUCGGGGGUCGUACACACAGCACACCCGGUGAGGAUUCUGAAGCGCCCGUGCUGGGUGUCAGCGCCCCCCCUCCUGAGAUCCAACAUAUUCUGCUGGAGGUUUCGUACAUUGCUCAGAGAUUUCGGGACCAGGAUGAGGCCGAGGCCAUCUGCAGCGAGUGGAAGUUUGCAGCCGCGGUUGUGGACCGGCUGUGUCUGCUCGCCUUCUCGCUUUUCUCCGUCAUCUGCACUUUCACCAUCCUCAUGUCGGCUCCCAACUUCAUCGAAGCUGUGUCAAAAGACUUCACAUAGCUGAACUUAGACUAGACCCGUGAGCUUUUGUUUACAUCAGUUUUUGUCGUCAUUUGUUCUCAGAAAAAAAAAGUAAUGCUAGCAACCGGCUGAAAAGUACAGUUUGUUUUGCAGCGGCAGCAAAUGUCUUCUCACAGUUUGUCCUGAAAAAAAGUGCAGAGCCUGGUGUUCCGUUAUUUUUAUCUUGCUCCGCUCAGCAUCUGCUGAAUGACGUAAAGGAGGGUGAUUGACUGGAAAGUGGCUAAUGUGAAUGGAGCUGCCAAAAUAUAUUAAAAUCUAGAACCUUCCGUCCACUAACUCGCUCACAUCAGAGUUUCAGUCAGGGUCUAAGCAGAUCUCAGACCUGCUCCUCCCCUGAAAGCUCAUGUAAAUCUGUAGCAGGGCUGCACCAGGGCCUCCCCCAGAUGGACACGCAUAGAACACAGUGUCAGCGAGUCACCUCUCUUGGAUGACCUCUGACUCCUGAUGGAAACUCAUUUUGGUUGGUCUUCCAGUCACUACUCAAACUUGACCAUCUGUGUGAGGAGCAGCGUCGAGGACUAACCAUCUUCAGUCCUCAACAUCACUGCGCCUGAGAAAGCUUUCACUUUGCUAGAAAGACUGUCAUUGCACAGGCAUGACAAAGCACUUCCUCCACUCAUACUGCAAGACCCUUAUCCUCCAGCAACAGUUCAAAACUUGCUACGAGUCAAAGGUUUGGAUCAAAGUUUUGCUCCUCAGAGGCUGUAGGUGAGCUUCAUCAUGUUUGGACCAAACCUGAGAAUGUAUUUUUACCUUAGCGCCACCGCAGUUUUAGGAGAAAACACAGGGCAGCUGUGAUUAUGUUGCCUGUGGGAUUCCCAAAACAUCGACAUCGCUGCAUCUCUUUCUGUCGCCACUACCAUUUGUCUGUAGAAAAUUACAAAACAAGUGUGAUCACGUGACAAGUUCUCUGGUGGAGUAUUGACUCUGAAAUUAUAUGACACAUCCAACUAAGUUUUUUCUUCAGCAGAAGUCUUGUUCAGUGGGUGGUUGUGAGUCACUGUAGAGAUGUCAGUAGUUUAUUUGGUUUCUUCUCUGUUGUUUGGUGACAUGCAAAAAGGAACAGGAUUUUGUACUGUGAAGUAAGUCAGAAGACCUUUUUGCAGGGUCGAGCACCGGGAGGUCAACUUUUGUAAACACUUCAAGCUAGUUUAAUAUGUCCAUUUUCACCAUCCCGUGUCGUCCAUGUAGCCUUUGUCAAGUUUCCACGUUCUCUGUGUAACAAUUGUU